CGGGCUCCGCCUCUGGGGGGGAGAGGGGCGCGCUCCACCAAUGGGCAGCCGGGCGGGGGGCGGGGCCGCGGGGCCGCCGCUUAAAGAAACUUGUUGCCGGUCCACGAGCGGGAACCGAGCCUCGGCGGCGAGGGACGAGGGUCGGGCCACCGCGAGGCGACGUCGGGUCCCGGAGCGGCCGCAGGGCAGCCCCGGGCGCCGGCCCCGGUGCGCGUCUCCCGUGCGCGCCCCUCCGCGCGCGGCCCCGAUGCUGGACAUGAGCGAGGCCCGCGCCCAGCCGCCCUGCAGCCCGUCCGGCACUGCCAGCUCCAUGUCGCACGUGGAGGACUCGGACUCGGACGCGCCGCCGUCGCCCACCGGCUCCGAGGGCCUGGGCCCCGCAGGGGGCGCAGCGGGGGGCGCCCGGGGCGACACGGCGGAGGCGGUGGACGAGCGCUUCCCGGCCUGCAUCCGCGACGCCGUGUCGCAGGUGCUCAAGGGCUACGACUGGAGCUUGGUGCCCAUGCCAGUGCGCGGCGGCGGCGGCGGCGCGCUCAAGGCCAAGCCGCACGUGAAGCGGCCCAUGAACGCCUUCAUGGUGUGGGCGCAGGCGGCACGCCGCAAGCUGGCAGACCAGUACCCGCACCUGCACAACGCGGAGCUCAGCAAGACGCUGGGCAAACUGUGGCGUUUGCUGAGCGAAAGCGAGAAGCGGCCCUUCGUGGAGGAGGCCGAGCGGCUGCGCGUGCAGCACAAGAAGGACCACCCGGACUACAAGUACCAGCCGCGGCGCAGGAAGAGCGCCAAGGCCGGCCAGAGCGACUCAGACUCGGGGGCCGAGCUGGGACCCCACCCGGGCAGUGGUUCCGUGUACAAGGCUGACGCGGGGCUGGGAGACGCGCACCACCACGGCGACCACACAGGGCAGACCCACGGGCCGCCCACCCCACCCACCACCCCCAAGACGGAGCUGCACCAGGCGGGUGCCAAGCCGGAGCUGAAGCUGGAGGGGCGCCGGGCGGCGGACGGCGGACGCCAGAACAUCGAUUUCAGCAACGUGGACAUCUCGGAGCUCAGCAGCGAGGUCAUGGGCACCAUGGACACUUUUGACGUCCACGAAUUCGACCAGUACCUGCCCCUGGGCGGCCCUGCCCCGCCUGAGCCCGGCCAGGCCUAUGGGGGCACCUACUUCCACGCUGGGGCAUCCCCCGUGUGGGCCCACAAGGGCGCCCCGUCGACCUCCACAUCGCCCACCGAGACGGGCCCCCCUCGGCCGCACAUUAAGACAGAGCAGCCGAGCCCUGGCCACUACGGCGACCAGCCCCGAGGCUCGUCCGACUAUGGCUCCUGCAGCGGCCAGGCCAGCUCCCCCCCUGCCGCCCCCACCGGCCCCUUCACCGGUGCCCAGGGCGACUACAGUGACCUGCAGGCCUCCAGCUACUACGGCGCCUACCCUGGCUACGCGCCUGGCCUCUACCAGUACCCCUGCUUCCACUCGCCACGCCGGCCCUACGCCUCGCCCCUGCUCAACGGCCUGGCCCUGCCGCCCGCCCACAGCCCCACCAGUCACUGGGACCAGCCGCUGUACACCACCCUGACCAGGCCCUGAGGGUCCCUCCGCGGGUGGGGGGGGGACUUGCAGGCGUUGGGGGGGGGCAGCCUUGUCACGGCCUGGACAGCCCAGCCUCCGAGGCCUCCCGGCGUGCAUGGCAAGGUCAGGAGGGGCCCCAGUGGCCAAGCUCGUCAAGUGCCUGCUGACGUCUGCAGGGAAACCUGCUUGCCGCCCGCCCGUGGUCCUCAGCCUCCAGAUGGCCACGCCUCCGACGAAGGCGCACUCCCUCUCCCUUCUCUCUCUCUCUUUGAGGUGGCCGGGGAUUAUUCCACAAGGAAGGGCCACCGUUUGGUCCCUUUUCUAUGAGGACUGGAGGCACUGGCACUUGGGUUUGUGUCUCGGUGGAGGAGUAACGGCAGAAUGGCCCCAGGACCAAAGGAGGGGGCACUGGGGGGCCUGGCUGUGUUCUGGGGGCCAGGCCAGCCUCGGCGCUGAGAUCCCCGGCACGCACAG